AUGUCAGAUUGGCUCGUGGGCCAGCUCAGAAACUCUUAUCGCUCCGGCCCACCGCGGAGUCUCUGCACGCAAACGGCUUGCUUCUUCCUGUCCGAUAACCGCUGCGGUCUCGACCCAUGGGCUGCGUCGCAAGCUUCUCAACUCCGCACUCUCUCUCCCAAGAGCAGUGGGGAAGCUGUGCCGUCCACGAUGGCUGGCGCAGCAGAACCUCAGCUGGAGACCCCACGGGGAAACCGAUCUCCGCGCGAGCCUGCUUGCGUGCUUGCGUGCUUGCUGCGUAUCUUCGUUGAUGCCUCUUGUGAUCGGUACGAUACUUCCUCCAUCGAUCAUUCAUCGCGACCAUUCUUGGGACUCGCAUGA